CACAACAACAGAAAAAAAAACACCACACGAUACUCCACAGUUCCAACCCGACCCAACCACGAAACCAAACGAGCCGAGGAGAGGCGAGCGGGCGGAGAGGAUCCGGGCCGGGAUCCCAGGCGGGCGGGCGGGCGGGCGGGCGAUGCCGAUGGCGGGGAGAUCCUCGGGCCGCGGCGGCGGGGGGAGGACGGUGCUGGGGGGCCGCGGCGGCGGGCCGGGGGUGGAGGACGCGGUGGUGAUGGAGCUGGCGGCGGGGGACGGGGAGGACAACGUCGUCACCGUCAACUGCCCCGACCAGGCCGGCCUCGGCUGCGACCUCUGCCGCACCAUCCUCGAGUUCGGCCUCCGCAUCACCCGCGGCGCAGACGUGUCGACGGACGGGCAGUGGUGCUACGUGAUUUUCUGGGUGGUGCCGCGCUCACCGUCCAUCAACGUCCGGUGGGGGAGCCUCAAGAACCGGCUCAUGGCGAUGUGCCCUUCGUCAUACGCAAUCCCGUUCUACCCUGAAAUCACCGAGCCAGGGCCCCCGCAGUUCUACCUCCUCAAGCUCUUCUCGACCGACCGUAGGGGGCUGUUGCACGAUGUUACGCAUAUACUGUCGGAGCUGGAGUUUAUAAUCCAGAGAGUGAAGGUGUCGACCACGCCUGACGGGAGGGUUGUGAACCUCUUCUUUAUCACUGAUGGCAUGGAACUGUUGCAUACGAAGGAGAGGCAAGAAGAGAUUUGCUCGAUGCUGAUUGCUACCUUAGGUCCUUCCCUAACUUGUGAAAUCCUAUCAGCGGAAGGGUUCCAGCAAGGAUUCUCUUCUCUUCCACCAACAAUCUCUGAGGAGCUGUUCAGAUUGGAACUAGAUGAAUGUGAGAGCAGUUCAGGGCCUCUUUGUGCAGAGAUGAAAAAGGUGCAGAAGGCCACCAUCAACUUUGACAAUACCCUGAGUCCUGCACACACACUGCUCCAAAUUCUUUGUGUUGAUCAGAAGGGUCUCCUUUAUGACAUGUUGAGAACACUCAAGGACUGCAACAUUAAGGUCACUUAUGGGCGGUUCUGGUCAGACAAGAAAGGUUUUCGAGAGGUGGAUCUUUUUAUCAAGCAAGCAGAUGGCAAGAAGGUUAUUGAUCCUGAGAAACAGGAUGCUCUGCGGUCCCGCAUGAGGUCCGAAAUGCUCCAUCCUCUUAGGGUGAUGAUCGUCAACCGUGGACCUGACACAGAACUCCUUGUUGCCAACCCUGUUGAACUAGCCGGGAAGGGCCGGCCACGGGUCUUCUAUGAUGCUACUUUGGCUCUGAAAGCGCUUGGAAUCUGCAUUUUCUCUGCAGAAAUCGGGAGACAGGCAGCGUCGGAGCGCCAAUGGGAGGUCUACCGAUUCCUCCUGGAUGACAGCAAAGAAUUUCCCUUGUCAAACAGCCUAACUAAUAGGAACCGUGUUGUUGAUAGAGUAAGGAAAACACUGAUGGGCUGUUACAACUGAAGACUCGGUUUGUAUUUCCAUGAAUGAAAAGCAGGAAUGACUGCCAUCCAGUAGGCAUCCACUGUAUCCAGUUAGUUAACCUACUGAAAGCUAAAGCUUGAAGAUGAUCACUGCAGUGGGUAUGCAAAGUAUUCUGGACGGCCAGCCUCAGUGCCAAACUUGCUGGCCAAACUGGUCUUUAUAGUGCCUCAUACCUCGCAGUUACCAGCUUCUGUUCAUGUCAUUUGACAGCGCUGUGGGCGUGUGACCAAUUUCCCAAGAUCAGUGGUGAUGGAAAACUGCAGAAAGCUUCGUCUAUGAUGCCGGAUUUCAAAGUGAAUCUAUGGUCAGCAAAUGAGCACAGGACACAAGACAAAACAUGUCCUUUGGAUGCCUCAGAAAUAUCUUCCUGGUAUCAGUGUUGUAAAUGGUGAGUGGGAAUCAAGAAAUGAAGGCUAGUGCAUCACCGUAGUCCCGCAUUGUCCUCUUGCCCACCCAAAAAACAUGUUUGGUUGGAGGCUCAAUCAUUGUGCUUUGUUUGGGUCAAGGGUUUGCUGGAUGGUGACGCAGAUCCUACAUCAGUUUGUUGUAGAUUAAUGUAGAAUGUGCUAUCUGCCUGCCUCACCCGCCUGCCCCCUUCCUGCCUUCUUGUAUGAUUACUGCUUUGCCAAUAGAUUACUAGGCUGUUUCCUGAUGUAGGGUUCAGUGUCUCCUUGUCACCAUGCAUGUUAUUAUAUAUAUAUGAAAAGAAGGCACUUUGUCUAUGCAGAGUAUGUGUACAAAGUUGUGAAUUAACAAAAGAAUUCUGUACUUA